UGGUGUUAAUCGAUAAAUAAAAAUGUCAAUCUUAAGUAUGUAUAUCUAGAUGCGUUAACUUAUUUCUAAUAUGUUCGUUGAAUAUUUCAAUUUAUAAACUAAUCAUCUAGUCAUUUCUAAAAUUAUGUACCACAUCCGCAUAAGAUAUUCACGAGCCAUAAUGAAGAAGAGUUGAAGUGUUAAGUUGUAAGUUGAGAUCAAGUUAAGAUAUCUGCAUUCUUAGUUAGAAGCUAAGUUUACAUGUUUGUUUAUGCACUAUGCCUUCAAUUAAUUAGCCUAAUACCAAUACUAUUUUCCAAAAAAUUUAGUAUAUAUUUUGUUAAAAUAAGCAAAAUUUGGAGGCAAUAAAUUUAAUGCAAUCUUAGCAUGUUCUGGUGUCUUAUUUGACAAAAUUUCUAGAUCUAAAGUCCUCUAUUCCCACGGGUUUUCUGUUUCUCUUUUUUCUUCAUUUUUUUUUCCCUUCGACCACUUCUUCUGCCUAUUUUCUUCUCCUUACAUUUUACCUAUUUACUCUCUAUAUGUUAUGACCAAAAAAUAACUAGUUUUGCUAAUUGUGGAACUCCAAAAUUUUAUGCUUCUUCAAAGUCCUGCUUCUUUUCUAUGUUCACCUCCAAAAUUAACAACAUGGGGUGAUCAUAAACAUGCAAACUAUGUUUGUAAACUUGUUGUUUUUAGCCCUGGAUUCCCAAGAGAGACACUUAGGUCCCAAUACUUUGACAAAAAAUUCUCUGAAGGUCAUGGUAGCAUACAAAGAUGUUGUAGUUCAAGAUUAUGUGCAAAUUUUGGAGAAGAACAUUUUUAUGGAAAUGGGGUGGAAAAAAGAUUUUGGAAAAAUGAAUUUUCAAGAAAGGAUUCAUCUUUUCCAUCAAAAUUUGUUCUUUUUAGUCCUGUAAAAUCAAGAAAGUCACUUAGGUCCCAAUACUUUGACAAAAGUUUCCUUAAAGGUCAUAGCAGUAUACAACCAUGUUGUUGUAGCUCAAGAUUAUCUGCUGAUUUUGGAGAAGAACAAUUUUAUGGAGAAGAGGCUGAAGAAAGAUUUAGGGAAAAUGACGGAUGUUGUGCAAUUUUUGAGAGUGGAAAUUCAAGAGAAGAUUCAUUUUUUCCAACAAAAUUUGAGUCCCUUGAGCCAAGAAUGCUUGGUAUUAAGCCAGAACCUCCACAUUGGCCAGAAAGGGAGGCAAUUUUAUGGACAAAUGUUGAACAAAAAGCUAAGAGUUUUGGACUUCCCUUGUCACUUAGAAUGCUAAAAAAGAAACUUCAAUGGGAGUCUAUUAGUUUUAGUGACUUAAAAGAAACUAAUUCUUGCACCUCAAAGGCCUUUAACUCUUUGGUGUUUAUCAUUGUGGAGUUGCAAACUUAUGCAUUGCAUAUGAGGGAAUCAAUAUGCAAUGAAGAUUUAGAGAUGAUUAUUAAUAAAGUGAAAGGUGAAAUGUAUGCAUCAUUUGUAUGGCUUUUUCGAAAAGUAUUUUCGCGAACACCAACAUUAAUGAUGUAUGUAAUCAUCCUCUUGGCUAACUAUAGUGUAUACUCUACAUCUCACAAUGUUGCUAUGGCAUGUGAUCAUGAAACUACUACUACAAUAGAACCUAUAUUGAUAGAUGGUGGAAGACAUAAUCUAUCAGAUUUGUCUGAUCAAGUAUUGAGAAAUGAUGAAGAAAUGGAAUUGUGGGAUUCAGUAGAAAAUGAAGCUUUAAAUAUGAGGGGUGUUAGGGAUAUUGGGCUUGAUCUUGAAGUGAUGUUAACAUUGGUUUCACCAUUGUCAGUGAAAAUUGAGCCAGAUAACAAUGUUGACCAUGACAAGACUGAACUUGUUUAUCAGAUUGCUCUAGCUCAUGAACCUUAUAACACUCUUUGGCUGUGCAAUUAUGCACAGUUUCUGAAAAUUAUCGGUCAAGAUUAUUAUAGGGUGGAGGAAUGCUUCAAGCGGGCAGAACAAGUGGAACCACUGGAUGCAGAGGUUCUAUGUCAGUACGCGAACUUCUUGUGGACUGUUAGGAAGGACUUAUGGGGAGCAGAAGAAAGAUACCAACAGGCAUUGGAAGCCGAACCUAGGAACCCUUAUUAUACAUCUACAUAUGCCAAUUUCUUGUGGAACACUGGUGGUGAAGAGACCUGUUUACUUCCAAAGUAGUACUUCUUCUGUCGACAACAAAAAGAGUGAAGAAGUUUAGUCAUAUACGAAAAAGAUUGUUCAAGAAAUGCAUCAAAUAAGUAGAAAAUGGUGAGAUUUCCAUAUGCUUCUGUGGUGACUUUGGUUAAUGUUAACCGCCUUUUCGGCUCUCUUGGUGGCUCGAAUCCACAAUCAUAAGAUCGAGGUGGAGGGUGUUUACUACCUGCGCAACCUUUCUUGCCGAGAAGAAGUUGGUCAAGACAGUAGCGUAGAUAAAUUUUUGUCCUGUUAAUCACAUUCAAAUAAAUAACAUGUUUUCUGUAGUAAAAUGGCUAUAUCACUUGUUCUUGAUUUUCUUUUUCUAGAUUGAAUAGAGUAAUUUGCCUGGAGCUGUUCACCAAUUCAGGGAAAUGGCAGAAGGCAAAAGUUCAAGUUAGAUGGGAAGAUCAUAAUGUUGUAUCAAUUUGGUGAGUCUAUAACAAGAAUAGUGUAUUUAAAAAAAAAAAAUUGUAACUGUUACCAAUUUUGUGA